UUGAAGACAUGCUCUGUACGAAAGUGUGUCUCUCUCUGCUAUUUAUAUUAUCUCUACCAUUUUGUCUAAAACACACCAGAUAAUUAAGCAGUGAGAGAGACAGAGGAAGUGAACAUGUCGACACUGAACCAUUUCUUUGAUCUGUCUGAACAGAUUUGUUAUGUACAAUGUGGUUUCUGCACCACUAUUUUACUGGUAAGUGUUCCAUGCAGCAGCUUGUCAAUGGUGGUGACUGUAAGAUGUGGCCACUGCACUGGUCUCUUAUCUGUCAACAUGAUGAAAGCCUCCUUUGUUCCUCUGCAUCUUUUAGCUUCCCUAAGUCAAGUUGAGAAAAAAGAAGAGGUUUAUAACAUGGAGGAAGUGGAGGCAGAUAACCCCAUGGACAGGCGCAGCCCCGCAAUCUGUUCUGACAAUGAAGAAGGAGAUAAUAUUGUCUCCGUGAAUCACAUUGUUAACAAACCUCCUGAGAAGAGACAACGAGCUCCAUCAGCCUACAACCAUUUUAUCAGAGAAGAGAUCAGGAGGCUUAAAGCUGAAAAUCCAAAAAUGGCUCACAAGGAAGCUUUCAGUACAGCUGCCAAAAAUUGGGCCCAUUUCCCUCCAAUUGAGUUCAAAGGAGACGGAGAGAGUUGUAGCCAGAGAGAGGAAAAUUUGGCCAGCUGGGAUUCCGAUGUCACAGUCAAUGAGGUCCACGAAGAGGGCAAUUUUUUCCACGAAAGAAAGGUCCAAAGGAAUUCCGAAAAUGAGCAAAGACACCCUUUGAGUGAAUGAAUAAAAAGGCUUCGUCGUCUAAACUUUCCAUUACAAUGAUGUUAAUUGCUUUCUGUUUCAGGGCCAUGAAUUUGGGUUAUGUCAAUUUGCUUUCUUAAGGUAGAUGCCCUUGGGAAAUGAAGUUCUCUUUUUGAAGGUUUUUGGUACAACUAGAUCUCUCUUACUUCACUGCUGUCACUGAAAGAAACUCGAUCUUAGCUAGCUACCUCAGUGUGUCGUUAAUUCUUAAUGGUUGUCACAUAUAUGUAUGAAAGAUUGAUCCUUAAUUUAUAUUUUAAAAUCUAGCA